CAAACAAAUUCUAUAUAUAGACGAUGCAGAAAUUUGCAAGCAGCGUACGCAGCAUGCAGAAACCUGAAAGUAACUACAAACUAGGUAGAUUAAGAUUUUGUUUGGGACGAUUUUCUUACUACUUCUUAAAGCAGGCAAUAAAAAAGCCGUCCCAAACAAAGCCUAAAGCAUCCCUCCCGCUCCUUCCUAUCCUUCAAUUAAUAACACUUAAAUACACAUAUAAAUAGCCAUAACAUAACCACAGGAAGAAGCACAAACUUAGUUAACCUCUCUGUUCUCUAGCCAAAAUGAACGUUACUUGGAGCACUACCUCAGCACUAGUCAUAUUACUAGUCUGUGCAAGCUUUACCCUCAGCUUUGGCGUGCGAUACUCCCCACUCCUUGGCCAAUGUAGCCCCAGUGGCUAUCUACACGGCAAAGCUAGCCACUGCAACACAGAGCAUGACUCGGAAUGUUGCAAGGCAGGAAAGAUGUACCCUCAGUACCACUGCUCACCACCAGUCACCGAUGAAACGAGUGCUACUUUGACAAUCAACAGCUUCGCCAAAGGUGGAGAUGGCGGCGGUCCAUCGGAGUGCGACGGCGAGUAUCACAGCGAUGAUGAGAUGGUGGUGGCGCUUUCCACAGGAUGGUAUAAUCAUGGGAGCCGAUGCUCGAAGAAAAUUAGGAUUAAUGCGAAUGGAAAGUCGGUGUUGGCUAAGGUUGUGGAUGAAUGUGACUCCGUAUAUGGUUGUGAUGCUGAUCAUGAUUUCCAACCUCCAUGCCACAAUAACAUUGUGGAUGCUUCUCCAGCUGUUUGGGAUGCUUUGGGAAUGUCUGGAGAUGAUGUUGGUGACUAUCAUAUUACCUGGUCUGAGGCUUGA